AGCAAAGGGGUCACAUACAUAUAUAUCUACACCUCUGCGUAUCAACGUCUUUCUCGCUCUAUCCAUACCUCUGAACCCCGCCAAACGGCCUCGUGCGUCUACUGCGAGUACACAAGCGCGUUCGCCCUCGUUGAAGCGCUCGUUGAGAAACGAUAAUUACAAGAGAAAACCACCACCAGCACCAGCAGAGACGACAACAACGAUGGACGACAUCGCCGACGCCGUUGACCUGGUGAAGCCGCUGCCGCCUCAUGGGCCGGCCAACAUGAUGUCGCUUUACAUGACGCGCUAUGACUACGACUACAACCGCGAUGGCGAGCAAGACGGCAGUGGCAACGGCAGCGGCGGCGGUGGCGCCUUUGAUGCGGGCAUCAGCGGUGACGUGCGCAACCGACCGAUCUUUGGCUACGGCACCCCGGAGGGCGACCGUGACGCUCGCACCAUCUACCAGGUCGACUACACCCCGAAGGAUCGCAGUGUGAAGGACAUGCAGAGUCUUGUGGCGAGCGUGAAAGGCGGCGGCCCAGCAGCAGCUCUUGCCGACGGCACGGAGAAUGGCACGGCGUACCAGCGGGAGUGGUACCGACCGGGGCUGACGGUGUCCCUUGUAAACGACGAUGGCACACUGCCGCGGACGGCCUAUCAGGAGGACUACACGCAGCCGAUAUCGGCACGCGCGGCGGGGCCGCCCUUCCCAUCUACCGUUGCCCCAUCGAUCUACGUAGGCGCCGCCGCAACGGCGUACAACGCGGAUUUGUUAAAGCCGCACGACGCGCAGGAAGACGAUGGGGCCGACAUCGUACCUAAAAUUACGUCGAAAGAGUCGCUGCUGCCGCGCAGUGGGGCCAUGGGAUGGACCGUGACCUUCGAUGGCGCACCAACGACGGUGACUCGCGCUUGCGGACCGCCGUGCACGCUCGGGCCCGCCUCGGGGCUGCCGGGCAUGUACUCCUGCACCUCGUGGGACAUCGGCGAUGUCAGCCAGGCCCACCCGUCCCAGCUGCCCGUCAGCCUCGCGAACAGCAUCGCCACGAAGGGGGUGGACGUCACGGCCUACCCGGACAAGGCGGCGCUGCUGCACGCGCUGGCAGGCAGGAAAACGAAGCCGGUCCGCGGCAGCGGCGGCGGUGCGCCGCGCGAGGAGUACGACCGCACGAACCCACAAUUCCUCUCGGCGCAGGCGCAGAAGCGGUGUGCGGUGAGCCGGCGGCUGGAGGAGGAGCACCACGUGCACAUGUCCAUGUACAAGAGCGAUUACGUGGAUCAGAGCCAGCAACCGGAGCUGCCGGGGAAUCCGGCCGGGCCGGCGGAUGCGCGCGACACGCUGACGUGUCCCACGUCGACGCCGGGCGAGAUGAUGGCUGGGCAGCUAACAAAGUCAACGCGGGAGAUGGGGCUGCUGCGCAACUCACACGGCACGCUGAAGCCUGCUGCCGCUGCUGCGGCGGAGGAUACGGCGGUGUUGACUUGGAUGCGGGCGACGGAGAAGGCGAUCGCGAUCGACAGGGCCGAUCCGCACCGUCACAAGUUGCACUAG